AUGAACUUAACGGAAAAUUAUACGAAAUUUCUUGCUUGUCAGCGUGACAUCCUGGAAUAUGUCCGAAAAUUUGGCCUUGGUUACUUCGGCGUCCUCAUAUUUUUUGGCACCAUUGGAAACAUUAUAAGUUUGCUGGUGAUUCGUGGCGUGAGACAGACCUAUCACCAACCCUCUUGUCAGAUCCAGAAGGAGCCAUCGGAAGAACGAGGACAGGAGUUUGCCGCCUUGCAUGUUGGCUCGAGACGCAACUUCCCGGUGCGCGUUAUUCCCGAGAACUCUCAGGUCCUCUCUUUCGAAACGACAGCAGGUAGCCCAAAGCCAUCUGGCGUUGGUGUAAUCAAUCAAACGAGGUUCUCUAUUGUCAGCCCAUCCGCCAUUCCCAAACGACAACCCAUGAGAAAGCAUCCCUCUAAGUCCAUAUUCACGGCUCUCGCCAUAGCAGAUACAGUUGCAUUAUGGGUCAACCCCAUUCGCUACUGGAUACUCUUCGCCUUUGGUUUCGACAUUCGACAGAACGACAGUGUAACUAUGUGUCGACUGCACACAUUUCUCACCUACGCCACCCGAGAUACCGCUAUCUGGGUAUUAUGUCUUUUGACAUUUGAGCGUUACCUAAUUGGGUGCUUCCCACAUAAGGCAAAAAUAAUUUGGCGAGGACGGCGUAAGGUUUCCGCCUGGGUCGGGAUUUUCUCCGUUAUUUUAGCCAAAAACUCGAUUCUUAUAUUCAUUUUGCAACUCAUUUAUCCGGACGAUGUGGGGGAUUUUGUGAUUGUGGGACCUAGCUACGCCGAGUUGAACACUUCAAGACUACUCCUUUGUGAUACUUUGGAUCUUACUUCUCGAAGGGUCUUCUUCUACCUCGACAUAGUAAUUUAUAGUCUAGUACCAACAGGCCUCCUCCUUGUUCUAAAUAUAGCCCUAUUUAGGGUGAUUCAGCGGCGAAACAUCAUGUGCCGAAGGUGUGAAUUCUUUCCAAAAUCGGAUAAUGUAGGUGCUACUCCGCUGGAGGAUAGCAUGCGAAAUAGCAUGAGCAUGCAACUGGGAUCGUUAAAAAUCAUUGGUUCAGUGGUUCAAGCAAACCAAUUGUUGAUUCCUGUGGGCGUUUUUCACCUAAUCACCUCGGUGCCCAUUUGCAUCUUUUCAAUCGUUGAAGAUGCCAUGCAGCUAAAGCGCAGUCCUUCUGCCUACGCGCGAUGCGUCGUGAACGCAUGUGGCUAUCUGCUGGUAAUGUUGGGAGCCACUACAUAUGGAGUUAACUGCCUAAUCUACUUUCUCAGCUCACGGCAAUUUAGGGAGCGCCUCUAUGCCCUCACUUACCCUACUCGACUCGUCAAAGAAGUUGAGCCCACCUCCUAUUUUCUCGACCCAAGACAUAUUUCUGAUCUUCCCUACACCAGUCAGGUGGAUUGCCUGUGUACGGGCGCACGACAAUUGCCGAGGCCCCUUCGCCGGUCACAGUUGCCCCAUGGCAGUGAUGCGGGCGCCGGCAUGUGA